AUGGAGUCAAAACCAGAAGAAUCCGAAGGGCUCACGGAGUCCCUUUCCAAAGCCAGUAUCGCAGAAGAAACCCCAACAGCCAAGCCAGAAGAACCAGCAGGCCUCACACAAACAGCAUCAACAUCAGUGCCCGACCCAGAAGAAGAUGAUUUAGAUGAUUUAGACGACAUGCUCGACGAUUUCACGCCCUCAAAGCCAGACCCCGCGCCCCCCACGAAAGCCACAACCACCGCUCCGUCCAUCCCCGCGCCCUCAGAAGAAAUAGGCAUCUCGGACGAAGACUUCGCCAAGCAACUGCAAGCAGGAAUGGCCGAGCUACUGGGAGGACUUGAGAACUCCUCCGAAAUGCCCGACAUGGCAGCCCUAGAAAACAUCAUGAAAGAGCUAGGCGUAGGCGGGGCUUCUACAUUAGAGGAAGCGGCAGAACCAAGCCCACCUAGUAGUAGCAGCGCUGUGGAAAAGGACAAGCAGAAGGAUAAGGGCACGGAUGAGACAGCAGCAGCAACAGCGACCGAGAAAUCCUUCCAAGAAACGAUAAAAGAAACCAUGGCGCGCAUGAAAGCCUCCGACACUCAAUCCACAGCUGCCUCUGCUUCCGCCCCCGACAGCAGCGACGACCUCGUAGCAGAAAUGCUGAAAGCCAUGCAAGCGUCCGGGAUGGAAGGCGAAGGUAGCGAAGAAGAUUUCUCCAAGAUGCUGCUGGGCAUGAUGGAGCAGCUAACGAACAAGGAUAUCCUGUACGAGCCGAUGAAAGAGCUGGAUGACAAGUUCCCGGCGUGGAUGGAGCGGAACGAGGGCAAGGUGGACGAGGUGGAUAUGAAAAGGUAUAGGGAGCAGAGGGGCUUUGUGAGAGAGAUUGUGGGCAGGUUUGAGAGGACGGGUUAUACGGAUGAGAAUGUUGCGGAUAGGGAGUUUAUUGUAGAGAGGAUGCAGAAGAUGCAAGCAGCGGGCUCGCCUCCGCCAGAUCUAGUCGGGGAUAUGGAAGCCGCACAAGAAGCAUUUGGAGCCCCCGAAGAAGGCUGUCCGCAGCAAUAA